GGCGCUAGAACGACAUCGUAGCGCGAAACGUUGACGCGACGUCGUACUACCCCCCGCCCCGUCUCGUUCCAACAACGGAGAGGCUCGCACCCGCACCCGCACCGGCCUUUGUUCCCAGCUUCUUCCACUCCAGAACGCGAGCGGCAUGGAUGAGACCGAGGGAAUGGAAGCGUUGAAGGCAGCUUACGCGGAGGUAAUUCUGAACACGAUGAAGGAGGCAGCAGAUCGAGUGAUGGAAUCGGAGCAGAAAUCUCUCCGGAUUGAGCAGGAUCUCCAAUCCACUAAAGACGAGGCCCUCCGAUUGCUCCUUCGCUUGAAACGCAUGAUCGAUGCCAAGGAAGCUGAGGCUGAAAUGUCCUCCAUUAAUCAGCAGAGAAGGAUUGAUGAGCUAGAAGCGCAGCUUAAUGAAGCAGAAGGGCUGGUAGUAGACCUCCGAGCAGAACUGAACUUGGUGUGGGAGGAAUUGGGUGAAGCGAAGAAGAAGAAGAAGACGGCGAAGAUUGUCAAGGAUGAUCCUGCUUUAAGCUCUAUGAUCACGAAAUACAAAGAGGCUGAGAUGUACAGAAAUGGAUUCGUGCAAAGGAUUAGUGCAGUAGAGAUGAGCACAGCGGAUGAGAAAUUGCAGCCUGGAGAUGAUCCAUCUUUUGGUGCUCACAGUAAACCAAUCAGAGAGUGUUCUGAAACAAAGGCAGAUGUGCAUGUGGAAGCUUCAUUGAAAAUAAUGAAGAAAAUGGAGAAUCAUAUACAUCAGCUUAAAGGUAACGUGAAAAAGGACCGGCCAACUAGGUUCCAUGGAAAAAUAAGAAGAAGAAAAAGUUGCCAUGGCAAAGCAAAAGCCAAUUUGCAGAGGUGUCUCCAUAAUGGGCAUUUGAAAUCUAAGCAACCAUUGCUAGCAACAAGCACAGGCAACAAAAUCGAUCCUCGUGGUUUUACUGCCACUAACGUUGAGAAAAUAAAUACAUUGGAUAACUCUUGCGUCUUGGGAGAAAAAGUGCAGCAAAGCAUUGCUCAAUCUGCUCUAGUUCGAAGAAGUGUGAGGAAAAGGAAAAUCAAGUACUGGGAUGAUGCUGCUUCUGUGUGGAGGUCUCAUGACUAUCACUCCAACCAGUGCAGAAAAGUUUCCCAACCAUGUCACAAGUCCAAACCAGUCAAAUGCAAUGUAAAGUUCACUGAAGACCGGUUGGAAUCACAGAAUGUUGUUGAGAUUGAGGACCAUGCUGACUGUAUAGCAUCACAGCAUGUACCCGAAGAAUUGAAUAGGGAUUCUGAAUGCACAGAUAAUACAACCGGAGAUAUCACAGAGUUACAUCGGUUGAUAGACAUGCCAGUGACUUUAAAACAGGAUAGUCAUGCUACCCCGCUCAAAUUGGAGAGUAGACUACUUAUAUCUGACAGUGAUGCAAAAACAUCUCAAAGAAGUGAUGUGACUUUGGAUCGAACUGAUACAGAGGGGCGACUCAGGUACACAUUCUCUAGGAAACGGAAGAAGAAUUCCCUUAUCAACCCAGAUGAGAAUGCUUCCGAAGAGCAGGAUACUACUAUGGUGGAUGGUUCAUUGAGGAAAAACAGACAGCUGGCACAGGUUGCUCACCAGGUGAGUGAUAAUUAUCACUUGCUAUCUGAUCAACAGAAUUAUUAUUAUUAUACUUAUUUCUUUGUCUGGAAAGUGGUCAUAAAUUAAUGGGAAAAACUCAUGGAAAAUGAUGAGAUUUGAGAAGAUGUAGGUUAAAAGCUGGGUGGAGAUGUUCAUGCUGUCUUUUCCAGGGUCACAGGGUGCACCAGCUUGUGUAAGUUAAUGUUUUGAAUCUAUGUAAAUAUACUAUGUUGUUCAGUUGUUGCGACUAUUGGGGGCAUUAUGACUUAUGAUUUGAUGUUAUUCUUAGCUUUUGUUUUAAAUUAUAGAUAAGAAUUACAAUUAGGAAA